UAUCUUAAUACCAGCAUUACAAGGCUUGCUUUAAGAUUGGACCAAGAGUGGACCAAGGGGUUCAAGUUGAGACUUGGUCAGCCUCUCAGGACAAACUAGACAUCACCUUCUCCUUCCCCUGAGGUGUGGCUUUCUGCCUUGAUCCAGUACCCUGGUGUUGUGGAUCAAGGAUUUCAAGUUGAGACGUGAUCAGCCUCCUAAAGAAAAUUGUGAAGAAGUACGGGGUCUUCAGUCACUUUGCCGUGUGCCUUGCAAGGACAAAAAACUUGCCUUCAUCUUCUCCUGGUUUCGUGGACCAAGGGGUUCAAGUUUAGACGUGGAUGCAUAAUGUCAAAACCGGCUCAACUCCGAGUGAUCCUUGCAGAUCAUGAUGUCCGUAAAGUUGUACUACCAUCUGGAAUCCCUGAGACAGUGGAUGACCUUCACUCAGUCAUUCGUGACACAUUUUACAUUGCCAGAGACUUCAGUCUUCACUAUAAAGAUGUUGAUUUUGAUGAGUUUUUCACCCUUUAUUCUACAACUGACCUCAAGGAUAAGGACACAAUCAAGGUUGUGUUUCUCCAGGACCAGGAGCCUGCAAUAACUUUAAACUUAACUGAUGUGACCAACACUGAUGUGACCAACAUGACUGAUCAGCCUUGUGAGGAGCACUAUGUUGAUGACACCGCAUCUGUGUCAACCGAUGACACACUGAUUCUCUCAUCUGAAGAUAGUCCAGGCCACCGUUCCAAGCGCUGGCCUGCUCAGUUUUCAAUUCCCAGCUUUUCUGGCCUCACAGAGAUCCAAAUUCAGUCAGCCAAUGAGCGCUUCAAAAAAUAUGGGACUCUUCUCACUACAAAAGAUUUAAUUCCACUACUCCCAGACAUCCUUGGAAAACUAGCGGAGGCUAUUUAUGAGUACACUGCUUAUCCAUCUAGUCUGCAGAUCGGUGAGGUUGCAGAGGCCCUCACUCAAAAGCAUCCCUGCCUCAAAGAACCAGGUUCCUUUAAUGGGUCCUAUGGAUGGGCGCAGCGCCUGAAAUAUAAGAUGAACAAUUUCAGAAGCAAACUUCGAGGUCUUGGCUGCCCUGAAGUUAAGGUGAACUCACUCAAGAGAAAACAAACAUAUGACCAGUAUCCGGCAAAGAAUCUGAAAAAACCAAAGAAGGCUGAGGUGAACUACCUACCCCCUCAUGCUCAAGGUGAAUCUACUGCAAGUUUGGAAAAAGAGAGAGUGGAGCUCCUAAGUGAAAUGAUGAAAAGGGACAACUCAAAGGUGGUAGCUCAGAAAAUGGCCAAGACGUUCAGCCUUCGUCGGGAGGAAAUAGUGAAAGAGGUCCCUGCCAUCAGUGACUGCAUGAAGCGCUGGCCUGCACUUUUUACUGAAGCACAGAUAAGUGAAGAAUUCAAGAGGAUAACAACAGUUAGCCUUGAAUCAACCUUUCUGGCCAAGCUUGACCAAUGCACCCCAAAAUUGAUGGCCUUGACUCAAUCAAAAGGAGGAGCUGCAGGCCUGAAGAUAAGGCACAUUAAGGACAUGCUUCUUGAGGACAACACAGUUGAAAGGCGGAGAGAAAUUGCCAUUCGCUGCCUCAUAGUCUAUCUUGGAGAGAAGGAGGAGGACCUUUUCAAACAGUAUCGUGAUGUGGAGGAGCUCGACGCAGACCUUGCGAUGCAAGUGAUGAAGAUUGCCAUCAUCGGUGAUGGGCGUGCAACCAUCGUAGUAGAGGGAACCAAGAUCCUGCAGGGGAUUGAUGUCGCCAGAUCCUGUGCUUUGCUGAUGGGGGUAAUCUAUGCUCUUAACCUUAGCUAUCCCAAGCAGUUGAAAUUUACCUUUGAGGCAUUCCAGAAGCUCUGCCUUGAGCUCGAUGGACAAAAAGCCAGCUCUAAAGUAAUGAAUCUCAAGUAUGGUAUUUUCUAGAGCGGACUUGAUUGACCUUGCAUGAGGGAGAAGCUCACAUCACACACACGCACACACACGCACACACACACAUGCAAACACACGUGUUCUUUUGUUUCUGUCAUAGUAUGAAUACCUACUGAGUGAAGUCCAAAUCAGUAAAAGUUAUCAGUAUAGAAAAGGAUGACCUCUGUUCUCUGAGGGUGUUAGUGUAUUUUGAACUUUAUAUGCAGUGCCUUCUUUUGUUGGAUAUUUCUCCUGGAGUUAGUCAGGAGUUUGAGCAGUCUGAUAUUGAUGAGAGAAGAGAUGAUGAUGUAAGUGCUGCCAAAGUUAAUUGAAAGAAGCUUUGCUCAUUUGAUGUUGAAAUUAGUGCCUUGAAUGUACAGCCACCUGUAAUUUUUUUUUUUGAUCAUUUUCAUGUGUACAAGUCAAAGGAUGGUGAUUCAUGCACAGGGUUUUACUUAAUUUUAUAACACUGUUUCUCCUCAUAAAGCUUCUGGGUACAUGUUUUGUGUC